CAAGAACUGAAAGGGCUAUUUUACUUGGCCUCAAAAAACAAUGGGGAAAUGGAGCAUACCUUUACCAGUGGAACUCGACGACCUCUCCGUGUCAGUGGCCUUUUAUUUCAUGCACCAAGGGAAGCGUCACAGAGAUAUGGCUCCCGGGAAUGGACAUCCGAGGAUCAUUCCUCGUUCCACUUCUGUGCCAGAUCAAGAACCUUUCCUCCAUCAAUUUCAGCACGAACAGCAUCUCAGGUCCCAUACCAGCUGGCAUCUCCAGGUGCUCAAAGCUGGAAACAUUGCUUAUGUCGACGAAUCUUUUGACAGGAACUAUAUCCGGAGAGUUUUUUUCCUUGAAACGGCUGCGUCGGUUAGAUCUUCGCCAAAAUAUGUUAUCUGGUGGCAUACCCACACAGUUGUUGGCUUACAGUUUGGAGACUCUUGAUCUCUCCAGUAACCGUCUGAACGGAUCAAUACCAGAAGAAAUAUCAAAUCUAUACGGUCUUGUCCACUUGGAUCUGUCUGCAAAUUCUUUCAGUGGCCCUAUACCUGCUGCAUUUUCACAUUUACAUAGAUUGUCUAAACUUUCACUUGCUUUUAACAAUUUGAAUGGAACUAUUCCAGUAGAAUUUGAACAGCAGCUGCACCUCAAAGAUAUUGAUGUUUCCCACAACCAAUUAUCCGGAGACAUAUGGGAAACUUUUUACGCACUGAGGGCUAAUCUGACCCUUAGUAUUUGUUCGAACCACCUUUCUGGGAGAAUCCCAGAAAAUCUAGUGAACAAUAGAUUUCCAAAUGCCUGUUUCGAUCCAGAAAAUUUAUGCUCCAGUGUACCCACAUUGGGACUGCCAAGAUGUGAAUCAGAUAAUUGUUCUGAUUAUGCAUUUCAAGGACAGAAAAGCUGCAAGUCCAUGCCUAGUAAAAGAAAGAAAAUCAUUAUAACCUGUAGUGCAAUUGCAGGGGCAGUAAUCGGGGUAGUAAUUCUUCUAGCCGUGUUCAGGCUUGGGAUGGAAAGGAGAACUGUAAAUGAUAAGAAUGAUGAUGUGAGUAUGAUUUCAUAUCAACGGUUAAAAUUCAAUAAAUGGGAGGUACUGGCAGGUCUAAUAGAUGAGAACUUGGUUGGAAAUGGAGGUUCAGCAAAAGUAUAUAAAGUGAUGACAAAGAGAGGCAAGAGUCUUGCAGUUAAAAGCAUACGGCACCAAGUACUGCAAGGCCACAUGCUGGAGAAACAGUUCCUUGCAGAGGUUAAGAUCCUAGGAGGAAUCAGGCACAACAACAUUGUGAAGCUGUUAUGCUGCAUCACAGGGAAUACCACAAAGCUCAUAGUCUAUGAAUACAUGGACAAAGAAUGCCUUCACAAAUGGUUGCAUGGGAAGAGGAACCAAUCCAUGUCUGUUGAGAGUUCUACCCAGUGGGAAAGAAGGCUGAAAAUAGCCAUCGGAGCUUCACAAGGGCUCUGCCAUAUGCACCACCACUGUCACCCGCCCAUUGUUCAUCGAGAUAUCAAGUCCAGUAACAUACUUGUGGACUCCGAAUUCAAUGCCAAGAUUGCAGAUUUUGGACUGGCAAAGAUGCUUGCAAGUCAAGGAGAUCCAGUGGGUAUGCCUCCCCAGGUAUGCCUCCCCUAUCUUGACAUACAGAGUAUGGGAGAACAAGAAAAGUGAACGUAAAGAGCGACGUAUAUAGCUUUGGUGUAGUCCUAUUGGAAUUGACGACCGGUAGAGAAGCUGUAACUAGAUAUGAAGAAGUGAACCUGGCACAAUGGGCCCACAGACAUCAAAGAGAGGGGAAUUCAGUUGUGGAUGCCCUAGAUGAAGAGAUCAAGGGUCCACGUCAUCUGAAGGAAGCAACCACCGUUUUCAAAUUAGGCCUUGCGUGCACCUCAAUAUUUCCUUCAAGAAGGCCUUCCAUGAAAGAUGUUGUGCAUAUCCUGCAAAGAUGCAAUGAGAAUGAUCAAUCUCCCCCAAGGGAGCUGAUGUAGAAUACGGACUGAGGCAUCAUAAGAUAUAAUAAGUUCCCAAUGUAAUU